UCUACCAUCCAACCCCAUGACCCAUCAAACACGCAAUUACUUAUUGUAAUUUGAUCAACAAAAUCAAGUCGUAGCUUUUGGGUCAUAUGUAUGGAAACAUUUUCUCCUCUUCCAUGAAUAGACACGAUGACUUCGCAGUGAAAGAAAACCCAAGAAAUUAAGUAUAGUGAGGACGAAAUAAAGAGAGAAGAGUCUCUAGAUCUACUCUAGAUCGAUCACUAGUACCAUAUCAUCGAUCAUGAACUCAGCAAAUCACUGGGGAGGCUCAUUUGAGAUAAACACAGCGGAGGUGUCUGCCUCAGGAGAGUACGAUAGGAGCCGCAGCGGGGAAUGGGACGGGGCAGCCCUGUAUCAUCAUCAACAUCUAGACGAAACCCAACAAAGCUGGUUGUUGGGGCCACCGGAGAAGAAGAAGAACAAGUACGUCGACUUUGGUUGCAUUAUUGUUAGCCGCAAGGCCCUCAAAUGGAUAUUGGGGUCCUUUGUGGUGGCUUUCUGUGUCAUUGCGCUCCCCAUCAUCAUCGCCAAGUCUUUGCCCAAGCACAAGCCCCAUCCUCCCCCUCCAGACAAUUACUCUGUUGCUCUCAACAAGGCCCUCCUCUUUUUCAACGCCCAGAAAUCUGGGAAUUUGCCCAAAAAUAAUGGUAUUCCCUGGAGAGGGAAUUCAGGGCUAAAUGAUGGGAUCAAUGGCACCGAUUUGAAGGGAGGGCUGAUUGGAGGAUACUAUGAUGCUGGAGACAAUGUGAAGUUUCACUUUCCAAUGGCUUACGCCAUGACAAUGCUAAGCUGGAGUAUGAUUGAAUACAGUCACAAAUAUAAGACCAUUGAUGAGUACAACCAUGUUCGGGAUAUCAUUAAAUGGGGCACUGAUUACUUGCUCCUAACCUUCAAUUCCUCCGCCACCAAAAUUGAUAAGAUCUAUUGCCAGGUUGGUGGACAUCAAAAUGGCACCGACGUCCCAGAUGAUCACACCUGCUGGCAGAAACCGGAAGAAAUGGAGUAUACACGGCCUACACAAACUUGCGUUUCAGGACCGGACCUUGCUGGGGAAAUGGCAGCAGCCUUGGCGGCAGCCUCUAUAGUUUUCCGGGACAAUGGUGCCUACUCCAGCAAGCUCAUCAAAGGUGCCCAAACACUCUUUGCCUUCGCAAGGGACAGUGGAAAACGGACGCGAUACAGUAAUAGUGGUGGCAGCUCUUAUAUCGCUCCUUACUAUAACUCCACCGGCUACUACGACGAGUACAUGUGGGGAGCUGCAUGGCUGUACUAUGCCACUGGAAAUAAAACCUAUCUUUCCCUGGCAACCAACGAAGGGAUUCCUAGGAAUGCCAAAGCGUUUUACAUGACUCCAGACUUGAGCGUGCCAAGUUGGGAUAACAAGUUACCGCAGGCCAUGCUAUUGUUAACAAGGCUCAGGAUAUUCUUGAACCCUGGCUACCCUUACGAGGACAUGUUGCGGAUGUAUCAUAAUGUCACUGGUCUUAACAUGUGCUCUUAUCUUAACUCCUUCCAUGUCUUCAACUGGACACGUGGAGGAAUGAUCAUGUUGAGUCGUGGAAAGGCACAGAAUCUGCAGUACGUGGCUAAUACUGCUUUCUUGGCAUCUCUAUUUGUUGAUUAUUUGAAUGCCACUGGUGUUCCGGGAUGGAACUGCGGCCCCAAUUAUGUUUCAUCGGAUGUUCUUCGAAACUUCGCCACCUCCCAGAUGGACUAUAUUCUAGGUAAAAACCCCAUGAACAUGAGCUACGUUGCGGGGUAUGGCGCCAAGUUCCCUAAAUACAUCCAUCACCGGGGCGCAUCAACACCCAAUGACCACAAAUAUUACUCAUGCAAAGUGGGAUGGCAGUGGCAGGACAGCAAGAAGCCCAACCCUAACAACAUCACAGGAGCCAUGGUUGGAGGGCCUGAUCAGUUUGACCAGUUCCAUGAUGUGCGCACCAAUUACAAUUACACCGAGCCUACUUUGGCUGGAAACGCUGGACUGGUUGCUGCACUUGUAUCCCUGACCAGCACUGCUGGCAAUGGCAUUGACACCAAUGGCAUUUUUUCAGCAGUUCCACCACAAUACCCACAGAGUCCAUCACCUCCACCACCGUGGAGGCCAUGAUAUAUAUGCAGAGAUCGAUGCAAUAAUCCUUGUGUUUCGAUUUUUGUUCCGUAUUGUAUAACUUUAAUCUUCUUGUUUGUAUAAAAUCAACAUCUGUUCUGUUCAUUCACAAUCGAGACUUACAUAUGUAUACACUUGCUUUUUUCCGUAAAAGAUUCAACGCCCGG